AUGCCACUUUCUCUAUCACAACGCUAUGAAAUUGUGUUUCUCAAGCUACAUCCAUUGGCUCCUAAAAUGUCAAACAAAGCGAUCUCAAAGUACAUUGGAUGUGAACCAAAAGUCGUACGGUAUUGGCUUGGCAGAUCUCAAGAAAAUGAAGAUCUAUCCAAUUUACCAAAAACUGGCCGACCGCUCGCCACGUCGAACAAAAUAGAUUUAAAGAUAUUUAAUAUUGCUAAACGUGAGCAGAAUAUUACAUCAAGUGAUAUUUCAAAUGUUUUAAAAAAAGACGGCGUGAAUAUAGAUCCAAGUACUGUUAGACGUCGAUUACGUGAAAGCGGUGGAACUUAUGGUCCACCUUUAAAAAAACCCUUACUCACAGACAAACAUCGUGAGCAACGACUCAUUUGGGCUCCACAACAUCAACACUUCAAUUGGCACAACGUGAUUUUUACUGAUGAGAAGACAUUCAAGCUUAAAAAAAACGGAAGAAAAGUUUGGCGAUUUCCAGUUGUUACUAAAAUUGUUCGUACAGUUAAAUAUCCUCUCAAGUUGCACGUCUCGGGAUGUUUUUCAAAACAAGAUUUCGGAAAAUUAAUUACUUUCAGACAUAAUUUGACAGGCGAUUUUAUCUGCGACAUAUACGAGAACUGUCCUCUGCCUACUGCUUAUCAUCAAUUUCCUAAAGGUCCAGAUAGCUGGAUCCUACAACAAGACAAUGAUCCUAAACAAAAGUCUUGGCAAGCGAUUGACUGGAAGACCGACAAUCAAAUUCAAGUUCUGCCUUGGCCAUCUGCAUCACCCGAUCAAAACCCUAUUGAGAACUUUUGGUCGCUAAUGAAGGAUACAAUAGGUAAAAAAAAACAUUCAAACAAUUCAGGAGUUGGAACAAGAAAUAAGAAAGGCAUAGAAACGCCUGCCAGUUGA